AUGCAGAAUCCCUCUCUGCUGCUGCUGCUGCUGAUUGGCGCCGCCUCUCUGCUGACCCCUUGUGGCGGGUUUGGGAACCGCAGGCUGUGCGGCAUUCACCUGGUGGAGGCGCUGCUGUUUGUGUGUGGAGAGAAAGGCCUCUUCUACCAGCCUGGGAGGCGCGUGCGACAGGACAGCAUCCGUAUGAUGAUGAAGGACGGCACCCUCUUCCCAAAGGAGGUCAGAGAGGUCAUGCAGAAAAGGCCCUCGGCUGGAUUCAGAAUGAAGAAGAGAGGAAUUGUAGAGCAGUGCUGCCAUUUCUACUGCGACUACUAUGACCUGGAGAACUACUGCAACACCUAGAGUGACACAUGUCUCUAUAGAAGUGGAUGGGGGUCCUUAUACUGAAUGGAUUAAAGCAUGAAAACGGAAUGGUGCAAGACUGAUCUGGAUCGCUGACAGACGGC